UGUUCGGCUGACAGCUGCUGGCGCGGCGGCGGCGGCGGCGGCCCCGAGCAAGAUGGCGCUGCGGCCCGGAGCCGGAGCCGGCGGCGCGGCGGGGGCGGGCGCGGGGCCCGGUGGGGCAGGCAGAUGGAGAAAUUGGCGUCCAGGGAGAUCCAAGGUGACAGAGGCAGGACUUAGUAUGAGGGCCUUCUGUUCUCUAUUUCAUAUACGCCUGCCCCCACCAAGUUCCUCCACAUCAGCAUGCUGAUACUUUGGAUAGUAGCUUCCUGUUUCCUGUUGCAGGUGGAAUGAGACCCCCUCAAGCAGGCCUGAUGCCAAUGCAGCAGCAAGGAUUUCCCAUGGUCUCUGUCAUGCAGCCCAGUAUGCAAGGCAUGAUGGGAAUGAAUUACAGCUCUCAAAUGUCCCAAGGACCCAUUGCAAUGCAGGCAGGGAUACCGAUGGGGCCAAUGCCAGCAGCAGGUGUGCCUUUCCUGGGGCAGCCACCGUUCCUGGGCAUGCGUCCUGCAGGCCCACAGUACACUCCAGACAUGCAGAAGCAGUUUGCGGAAGAGCAACAAAAACGAUUUGAACAACAACAAAAACUCUUAGAAGAAGAAAGAAAAAGACGUCAGUUUGAAGAGCAAAAACAAAAGCUCAGACUUCUGAGUAGCGUGAAACCCAAGACAGGAGAGAAGAAUAGAGACGAUGCUUUGGAAGCCAUAAAAGGAAACCUGGAUGGGUUUUCCAGAGAUGCGAAGAUGCACCCCACUCCAGCAUCUCACCCCAAGAAACCAGAUUGUCCCACAUCACCUCAUUCUGCUAAAACUUCCUCCCCAUCAUCAGCCUUUCUUGACGAAGACGAAUUCAGUGACUUUAUGCAGGGGCCUGUUGAGGUCCCCACUUGUGGGCCUUCUUCUGCGGCCCAGCCCUUUCAGUCUUUUCUCCCCACCGCCCCACUUGGCCAGUUGCACACACAGAAGGCUGGGGCACAGCCUCUUCCUCCAGGUCAGGUUCCAGUGUCUUUUGCCUUACAUGGUGGCCAUGGGCAAAUUCCUUGUUUCUCCACUGCUUCAGCUUCACACAGUGUGCAGAAAGCAGGCCCUUCCUUGGAAGAGAAGCUCCUAGUACCUUGUGAUAUAAGCACAUCUGGGCAGGAACAAAUUACAUUAAACACUCCUGAAGCUGGGCACAAAGCCGUAGGCCCAGGUUCCAGUAAGAACGGUCCCGGCUUAGCGGCCCGUAACGGGGGUGCUGUAGAUGGAUGUGUAAGUGGUCCCAUCACGGCAGAGGCAGAAAAGACUUCAGAGCCAAACCUGUCAAACGAAGAGAGUGGUGUGGGCGUGUUUCCCUCUCAGGAUCCUGUUCAGCCCAGAAUGCCGCCUUGGAUUUACAAUGAGAGUUUGGUUCCAGAUGCGUAUAAGAAAAUUUUAGAAACCACAAUGACUCCAACUGGAAUCGACACUGCUAAACUCUACCCCAUUCUGAUGUCGUCUGGACUUCCCAGGGAAACUCUUGGACAGAUAUGGGCCUUAGCUAAUCGAACUACACCUGGCAAACUUACUAAGGAAGAGCUCUAUACCGUCCUUGCCAUGGUAGCGGUGACGCAGAGGGGUGUGCCUGCCAUGAGCCCUGAUGCUUUGAACCAGUUCCCAGCGGCUCCCAUUCCUACCUUAAGUGGCUUUCCUAUGACUCUGUCUACCCCAGUGAGCCAGCCGGCUGCGAUGCCCUCUGGCCCCGCAGGCUCCAUGCCUCUUACCCUCGGACAGCCCAUAAUGGGCAUUAACCUUGUUGGACCAGUGGGUGGAGCUGCAGCGCCAACUUCCAGUGGCUUCAUGCCAGCCUAUCCCUCAAGCCAGGUGGGAAAGACGGAAGAAGAUGACUUCCAGGAUUUUCAAGAUGCUUCAAAGUCAGGAUCCAUUGAUGAUUCCUUCACUGACUUUCAAGAGGUGCCUGCUUCCUCAAAAAACAGUAAUUCCCAGCAUGGAAACAGUGCUCCAUCGCUGUUGAUACCACUUCCUGGAACUAAAGCCUCUACAGAUAAAUACGCAGUGUUUAAAGGCAUUUCCGCCGACAAGCCCUCUGAAAACACGGCUGCAUUUGGAGAGUCUGGUGAUAAAUACAGUGCUUUCAGGGAGCUGGAGCAAACAGCAGAGAGUAAGCCUUUAGGAGAGGGCUUUGCCGAUUUCAGAUCCACAGGAGCUGAUGAUGGCUUCACCGACUUCAAGACCGCAGAUAGCGUGUCACCCCUAGAGCCGCCGGCAAAAGAUGCUUUUCCAGCAGCCUUUCCCUCUGGGGCUGCACAGCAGAAACAGACACAGCUGAAGACCCCCCUGAACUUAGCAGACCUAGAUAUGUUCUCCUCAGUGAACUGCAGUGGCGAGAAACCGGUGCCCUUUUCAGCUGCAGUUAGCACAUCAAAGUCAGCUUCCACGAGACCUCAGCCGGCGGGUUCUACAGCAGCCUUGGCAGCGCUGGCAUCCACUAAAACUUCUAGUUUGGCAGAUGAUUUUGGAGAUUUCAACCUCUUCGGGGAAUAUUCUAAUCCUGCAUCUGUUGUCGAGCAGGACGACUUUGCAGACUUCAUGGCUUUUGGUAACAGCUCAAUUUCAUCUGAGCCAAAAGCAGAUGACAAAUAUGAAGCCCUCAGAGAGGAAGCGAGCCCCAGCCCCUUAGCCAGCAGCACAGUGGAGGGCACACAGAACCCACCUGUGCCUGCCAAGUACGACGCCUUCAAACAGCUUUCCCUCGAGGGAGCUGGAGUGGCCAUGGAGGAGUUCAGAGAGAACAUUCAGUCCAGCAAGAGCGACGAUGACUUUGCUGACUUCCACUCCAGUAAAUUCUCAUCCAUGAGCUCAGACAAAUCCCUGGGAGAGAAGGCGGUGGCUUUCAGGCACGCCAAAGAAGACUCUGCCUCGGUGAAGUCUUUGGACCUCCCCUCCAUCGGUGGCAGCAGCGUUGGCAAGGAGGACUCUGAAGAUGCGCUUUCUGUUCAGUUUGACAUGAAACUGGCUGAUGUGGGAGGAGAUCUUAAGCAUGUCAUGUCUGAUAGCUCUUUGGAUUUACCAACAGUUAGUGGCCAACAUCCUCCUGCCGCAGCAGGAAGUGGGGCCUCCCCAGCCACCUCAGACCUUCAAAAGAAAGAGAUCUCAUUUGGCAGUUCUGAAAACAUCACAGUGUCAUCUCUCUCCAAAGGAACGGCCUUGGCAAGUGAGGAUGCUCUUCCAGAGACUCCCUUCCCAGCUUUUGCCAGCUUUAAAGACAUGAUGCCUCAGACCACUGAGCAGAAAGAGUACGAAAGUGAAGACUUCCAGGAAUUCACAAGGCAGGACCUACCCAUAGUGGACCGGAGCCAGGAGACCACGUGUCCGAGCCCAGCUUCCAGUGUCACCUCCCAUGAGACCCCCAAGGAGUGCUCAGACGACUUUGGAGAAUUUCAAAGUGAAAAGCCCAAAAUCAGCAAAUUUGACUUUUUAGUAGCCAAUUCACAAAGCAAAAUGAAGUCCAGUGAAGAAAUGAUCAAAAGUGAGCUGGCAACCUUUGACCUUUCUGUUCAAGGAUCACACAAGAGGAGCUUGAGCCUGGGGGAUAAAGAAAUAAGCCGCUCCUCUCCUUCUCCGGCCCUGGAACAGCCUUUCAGAGACCGCUCCAACACUCUGAGUGAGAAGGCAGCGCUGCCUGUCAUCCGCGACAAGUACAAAGAUCUGACUGGCGAGGUGGAGGAAAAUGAGAGAUACGCGUAUGAGUGGCAGAGAUGCCUGGGGAGCGCCCUGGAUGUCAUUAAGAAGGCAAACGACACCUUAAAUGGCAUUAGUAGCAGUGCUGUUUGCACAGAAGUUAUCCAGUCAGCCCAAGGCAUGGAAUAUCUCCUAGGUGUCGUGGAAGUGUACCGAGUAACCAAGCGCGUGGAGCUGGGGAUAAAAGCCACUGCCGUGUGCAGUGAGAAGCUCCAGCAGUUGCUGAAGGACAUCGAUAAGGUGUGGAACAACCUAAUCGGCUUCAUGUCGCUCGCCACACUCACACCGGAUGAAAAUUCACUGGAUUUUUCCUCCUGUAUGUUACGGCCUGGGAUUAAAAAUGCUCAGGAGCUGGCUUGCGGGGUGUGUCUCUUAAAUGUGGACUCCAGGAGCCGGAAAGAAGAGAAGCCUGCAGAAGAACAGCCUAAAAAAGCAUUCAACUCGGAAACAGACAGUUUCAAGCUGGCCUAUGGAGGGCACCAGUACCAUGCUAGCUGUGCCAACUUCUGGAUUAACUGUGUUGAACCCAAGCCUCCCGGCCUCCUCCUGCCAGAUCUGCUCUGAAAAGCUGCUCAGUGAAGCUCCAGAGGACUCUUGGUUAUUUCUGUCACAUGACUUGGGGUGACAGGGAUCAAUAAAUAGAAUGCAAGCACUGCAAAGUUCCCUUCCAUCAGUCUCUUUGAAGUAUUCCCCAAGAGGUAGGGUGGAAAGCUGCCCAUCAGACAACCUUUGAUCCCUGCGUCUACCUGCCCCUCUUUGAGACUUGAGGUAAAUUGCUAAACCCAAACUGCACGAGGCACCGGACACUUGCUUGCUUAUCUCCCUCUCGUUUUUUAUUUUGAUGUUGGUUUGAUUUUUUUUUUUUUUUUUUAAGGCUAGGGUCUUGAUGCGUACCCCUGGCUGACCUUGAAUUUGCAGCAAUUCUCCUGUCUCUGCCUCCCUAGUGCUGGAUCACAGGCAUGUGCCACCAUAUCCUGUCUCUCUUGUUCACAUAAGAUAUUUUAAAAUGUGGACCACAGUUCUCUGUGAGGAGUAAUCUGCUGCUAAAGUGUUUAAGAUGUGAAAAAUUAACAAAAGAAGAAAAAAUACAUUAUCCCGGGACUGGAGCCUGCAAGUUUGCAUCCAGCCAGUUCUCGUUUAUAUCUCCAACUAUGGUUCCAUGAAGCACAGCGCAUUUCACUGCAUUCUACUUGAGAUGAAUAAAAGGGGACUCGCGAUUAAACCCAUGCUGUCCUGGUAAAGAAAACACUGCUCGCUCUCUCGCUCGCUCGUCUCCACUGGAUGGCGGCAGGCAAGGAGGACACUGCAGUCACCUCUUACCACACCUCAUCCUCUUCCCUUCCCUGAAGCUCAGCUCUCAAGGAGCCCCUCCCUGCUUUGAUAGUCCCAGAGUCUAUGUCCUGCAUGUCCUUCUCCUUGGAGCCUUUAUUGAGAACACGCUGUUUGACUUCAGCAUCAAGACUGGCACAAAGCGCGGUGUUUUCCCUUCAGGCAAAAUCUGUAGCAGCCAUGGGACAAAAUCUUUUUAUAGUGACCUCUCUCCACACUCCCAAAGAUGACCGCACGGGGCCAGCAAUGCUGUUCUUGGCAGGAUUUCAGGAGAUACCCGAGAAUGACCUCAGGGUGAGAGUGGAGUUCUGGGCCUUCCGCAGUGGCUCUCAACCUUCUAAUGCUGUGACUCUAAGACAGUUCCUCAUAUUUAUUGUGACAUCCCCUAGCUACAUUAUUUUCCUUGCUCCUUCAUAACUGUAAUGUUGCUACUGUUCUGAAUAAUAACGUAAAUACAUGUGUUUUCCAAUGAGGUGACCCCUGUGAAAGGAUUGUUCUACCCCGCCCUCCCCCCAGGAGUCACAGCCCAUAGGUUGAGAACCACUGACCUAGUGAGAACAAUAAGGGAGGGGUGUGUGUGUGUGUGUAUCUCAGAUGCAGCUGAGGAAAGCAGUUACCAACCACUGAAUUUUCAAAGGAAAAAGUUCAUGCUGGUGUAGAAGUAAAGAAAACGCAUAAAACUAUGAAAAGAGAAGCUCAAGCGGUUAAAGGGUGUAAUUCUCAGGAGGAGCCAAGCAGUCUGGGACACCUGUUUCUCUGGCACGCUGGCUUUGGGCUUUGGGAAGGACUUUGCAUCUUAUGGGCUUCACUGACCUUAGUUUUUAUUUGGGAAUCUAAAAUGUCUGCUUUUGCCUCUCUCACUGCUGCCUUUGCAUGACCCGCCAUUUCCCCUUCCAGGACGAAAGCUAGGGGGAUUCUAUAUUGCUCCAUCUUGUUCCUGUGUAUUUUCCCCAAGAGGUGGAUUCUUUUCUGUUGAUGCCACUUCUCCUUGGCCUUGCUGUAGACCAGAAUGCAGGGAGUGAAUGGAAUCUUUUCUGUUGACGCCACUUCUCCUUGGCCUUGCUGUAGACCAGAAUGCAGGGAGAAGAGCUGAUGUAUCCAUUCACUCAUCUGUCCCUCCCACACGAUGUCAUCUCCAGCUACCAGCAUCCAGGCAGCGGUCUGUAUUGUGACCACGUGGCCUUUCCCUCCCCGGGCCGGAGGGCUGAGGAGGCUCCACACACGGGUGGACUGGUUUUCAGCAGGCUCUUCUGCUGAACUCGCUAGUGUCGGUCUCACCAUGGCCCAGAGUAACAAACCAGCCUCCAGUCUGUCUUCUAGAUUAUUUCCUUGUAGAACCUGCAGUAGGAUUGACCUUAGCAUUAAGAAUGUUGCCAGUUUACACUGCGUUCACACUGCUGAAGCGCUUUCUGGAAAUGCUAUGGGAAGUCUUUUCUGCACAGUGCCCGGUACCCAUGGCGUCUGCUAAAGUACCUGUUAGCCAGAUUGUCUCCACUCCUGGAUGUAGUCCAGAGCGCCUAAGUUAAAGUCUCUUACCAUCGAGAUAGUCACUCCUCAGGAAGUGCCAGAGGAAAACCCAGUGGAUGGAAGUAAGCAAAAAGCCUUUACCGCGAAAGUAUUGACUGUUUAACGCUUCAAACGUUUAGUUGGAUAACCCCGCCAGAAGUUCAGGGAGUGCAGAAUAUUAGCCAGCCGAUUUUGUUUGCGUGUGUGUAUUAAAAUGACUCACAAUGCAUUCAGCUUCACCUCGGCUCAGCUCUUGUUAGCCAAGAGCCUGGUGUCCUUGGAAACAGUAACCAAGGUUACUCAUCUCCGCACUGUGCAUUGUUAGGCAGCUUCCCCCACUGCCUGCGCGGCCAUCACUAAGCACUUGGUUGGGUGCCGUGCCUCGCGUUUUCUGCCCUGUGGACUGGCGUGUCACCUGUGUGGGCAUGCUUGAGACGGAAGAGGCUCCAGGCGCACUCGGGUCGUCGGAGCCUGCCUUCUCUGAGUCUGCCAGCUAGCUUCCCAUCUGGGAAACAUGUCUUAAUGUUUUCUGUUGUAUACAUAUUUUUAGGUCAAGUUUGGAUUUUGCUUUUUAUUUUUGGUCUUAUUUCCAGUUUGUUUUUUUUUUUCCUAUUUAUGUGUCAUCAAAAAGAUUUCUUGAAAACAGAAGUCUGAAAGGCUUGCUUUGCGUCUUGGGCUGCUCUGAGAAUUCUAGUACCUUUGAGGUCAGACACCCUUUGUGAACAGUUAACGAAUGAACUCUGACAUCUUCAGACAUUCGUCAUGAAGGGGCCAUUGCAGCCUGUUGCAAACAUUCCAGCCGAUGCCAGAUUGUGGUUAAGAUGUGUGUAAUGUGUGGCUUUACGUCUAGAUUGGGUCCAUUUCCUUGCAAAAGGAUGCACCAAAUAAUAUUGAAAAGCCCUCUCUUUCCAUAGUCCAGCCAAGGAAAUAAAUAGGGCUUAUGUGAAACAGCUCGCUCUUAAGCCACUUUGCCUCUCUAACAAAGUAUCAUUAUAAUAAAAAUUUUACUUAGUUCCAUUCUUCAUAUGGUGAAUAUAGCGCAAGUGGCUUAAGAGCAUUCACCUGUGAUCCCUCGCAUCAGAGCCAUGACAGAGGCAACCUGGUGAAUGUCACAAGCCCCCCAAAACAGCGGUCUUAGGUGUGAUGUGGAACACGGUCCAUAUGUUAAAGGAUGGCAUGUACAAAGCUUUUCUCCUUUGUCUACAUUCUAAUAAACAACUGCUCUGAUUGCCCUGUUUAUACACUGUAAAA